AUCACUGCCUGCCAUCGAUCAAAUAAAACAUACCUUCUGCUUUGCUGCUCUCUUUGUUCAAAGAUCGAGGCUCAAAAGCACUUUCGAUACCCUACGUCACGAUCAAUAGCCACCGAAUAUCUCCGCAAUGUCUCACGCCGACGCCGAGGAGGCGCAGUACCAGAAGGAAAUCCAGGAGGUCAAGCAGUGGUGGGCUGACUCAAGAUGGAGGUACACGAAGAGACCAUUCACAGCUGAGCAAAUUGUCGCGAAGCGUGGAAAUAUCAAGAUUCAGUAUCCGGGAAACACUCUGUCGAAAAAGCUUUGGCAGACGGUUGAGGGCCGCUUCAAGGAGAAUGAUGUCAGCUACACAUAUGGGUGCCUUGACCCUGUGAUGGUUACACAAAUGGCGAAGUACUUGGACACAGUGUACGUCUCUGGCUGGCAAUGCUCCUCUACAGCUUCGUCGACCGACGAGCCUGGACCAGAUCUAGCAGAUUACCCCUACACCACCGUGCCGAACAAGGUUGGACAUCUCUUCCAGGCUCAGCUGUUCCAUGACCGAAAGCAGCGUGAGGAGCGUGUCACUACAUCGAAGGCCGAUCGCGAGAAGCUGCGAAAGAUCGACUACCUGCGGCCCAUCAUCGCCGAUGCUGAUACCGGUCACGGUGGUUUGACAGCCAUCAUGAAGCUCACAAAACUGUUUGUCGAGAAGGGUGCUGCUGGUAUUCACAUCGAAGACCAGGCACCGGGAACAAAGAAGUGCGGACACAUGGCAGGAAAGGUUUUGGUCCCGAUCAGCGAGCACAUCAACCGCUUGGUCGCCAUCCGAGCCCAGGCAGAUAUCAUGGGCAGUGAUCUCCUGGCCGUUGCCCGUACAGAUUCGGAAGCUGCGACCCUCAUCACAUCCACGAUUGAUCCUCGCGAUCAUCACUACAUCCUGGGUGUAACAAACCCUGCCAUCCAGCCCCUGAGCGAUCUCAUGUAUGCGGCAGGGCAGGCUGGAAAGACUGGCCCAGAAUUGCAAGCGAUUGAGGAUGCGUGGACUAGGGAAGCCCACCUGAAGCUCUUCCACGAGGCUGUUGCAGACACCGUCAACGCUGGCGUCCACGUUAACAAGCAAGAGCUCAUUGCUCAAUUCAAUGAGCAGAGCAAAGGGAAGAGCAACUCCGAGGCUCGCGCCAUCGCAAAGGGCUUAACGGGUGUUGAUGUCUUCUUCAACUGGGAUGCCGCGCGAACACGCGAGGGUUACUACAGGUACCAGGGCGGGUGCCAGACUGCUAUCAACCGUGCCAUUGCUUACGCACCGUACUGCGAUAUGAUCUGGAUGGAGUCGGCAAAGCCCGAUUACGGUCAGGCGAAGGAGUUCUCUGACGGCGUUCACGCCGCAUGGCCCGAGCAGAAGCUUGCAUACAACCUGUCACCCUCCUUCAAUUGGAAGACUGCCAUGCCCCGUGAUGAACAGGAGACCUACAUCAAGCGUCUCGGUGCGCUCGGUUACUGCUGGCAGUUCAUUACACUUGCCGGUCUGCACCAGACGGCUCUUAUGGCCGACACAUUCUCUAAGGCGUACGCCAAGCAGGGCAUGCGCGCUUACGGCGAGAUCAUCCAGGAGCCCGAGGCUGAAAACAAGGUCGAGGUGCUGACACAUCAGAAGUGGAGCGGUGCCAACUAUGUCGAUGGCCUGCUGAAAAUGGUAUCGGGAGGCGUCAGUUCAACGGCGGCAAUGGGUAAGGGUGUCACUGAAGAUCAGUUCAAGUAAAUUGAUGAUCAGAGUGGGGUAUUGUAGGAUGAAUACGAGAAGCCGAUUCCCAAGCGCUUCUCUUUUAAUUAUACUGGUGUCAUGAUCAACACUGAGCAUCGUCACAGCUCUUUAGCCAUAAGCUGCCAUGAACUAAUGAAUCAAAC